AUGAUUAAGGUCAAAUGGCCGCAGAUUAAUACGACAGUGAGCGCCGUCAUGGAUUCUGAGGCCAACCCACGCCUUGUGAAUCUGCUUUGCAAGCACCUGCCCUAUCGUUCUUUACAGGACCAUGCAUUGGUGUCUGGAGAUCACCUGUACCAUCUGGUUCCCGCCGAGGAGUUGAUUUACACCCAUACGGACCAUAAAGUCCCCAACAGGGUAACCGAGCCUGAUGGUACCGUAUUUCUUUCCGGUCUGCGGCAUCUAGCCAUUAAGUAUGGACCCCGUACCGAGUACCUUCCUGCUGCCCCCUGCGGCAGGGAUGCUGACAUGUCGGAACCGACUGAGAAUCUCCCCCUCAUAUCUGAAGGGGCUGGAGUCACUGCCCCGGUGAAACGUCUGGUCCAGGAGAUUAAUGACGAGACCGAAAAGUUUUGGUCCGGCGUCUCCGCCGACUUGAGCAUCGUCCACCGAGGCAUGACUCCUUCGCGUGCUGGCUCAAAAGGCUCCUACUUCGCCACAAUGGUCUUCAUCAAUGAGGAGAUCAGACCGUUGGGGUACAACCUUCUGAACAACAUCCUCAGUGUGGCAACCACACAGCCACGCUUCAAUCUGGAGCACCACAUCACGUUAUACCGGGUUUUCGCCUUCACCCCAGCCGAAUUCGUCGGCUACGUCGGUGGUAAACACCUGCAUUCGACGUACCGGAAAAUAGAUGACCUGAUCAACAGUAGCAUCCAGGACAACAGAGUCCGAGACACGGCUCGUGAGGACUUUCUAGCACUAAUUAGUGCCUUUGCUCGAUAUGUGAACCUUCUCAACGCCCAGAACUUGCAUUUGUUUCCGUGA